AUGAGGGAUGACGGAUUGCAAAGCGAAGUGGGGCAAGAUGGAGGGUGCCUCGUUGGAUGGUUGGAAUGCAGGGAAGAAGAUUUAGUAGACGAGAGGGAGGCAUUGGCAGUGGGAGAGAUGGCAGAGGGAGAGACAGUGGAGGGGGGGACAGGAGAGAGGGAAACAGGAGAGGGGGAGACAAGAGAGCGGGAAACUGCAGAGGGGGAAAUGGCAGAGGGGGAAGUAGGAGAGGAGGAAACAGCAGAAGGGGAAACAACAGAGGGAGAAGCAGGAGAGGGAGCAAUGGGCGGCAAUGUUGGGGAAGACAAAUCCCAUGAGGAGGAGGGCUUUAGCUCAAGGCAUUGGGAAAACGAGGUUCUCACAAAGGAGUCUAAUGACGAGGGUGUGCUUGGAAGGGAAGGGUUAAGGGCCGUGACCUUGGGAGAGGAAGUGGCGUUGGGAGAGGAGGCUUUGGGGGAGGCAGCAUUGGGAGAGGAGGCUUUGGGGGAUGCAGCGUUGGGAGAGGAAGAUUUUAGUGGGGAGAUUCUCCAACAGAAGACUUUUGAGACGCCUCAAAAAAGGGAGACAGCAUUAGGAGAGGAAGAGUUUAGUGGGGAGGUGAUUCUCCAACAGAAGUCGGCUGUGCCGCCCACGUGCACGCGCUUGGUGCUCCCACCAAUGGCAUGGCGCCCUUCACACUCCCCCCACCAAAAGACCCAUUCACAUCCCCCCCAGCACCUUUCACAACUGCCCCAGCAACAACCUCUCUCACACUCCCCCCAGCACCUUUCGCAGCUGCCUCAAUCCCAGCAACAUCCCCUCCCACACUCCCCCAAACUAAAACUUCUCUCACACCUCUCCCAACGGAAUGCUCUUUUGCAUUCCCCUGAGCAGAAGCCUUCCUCACAGCUCCUGCAGCAGGUGCCUUUUGAACCGAUUCCAGCCAUUCCGUCACACCCCACACAGCAGCAUCAACUGCCCUGUCAGUCAUUCCCCCCCGUAUUUCCACAGGCUCCUCAACAGAUGCCCCUUAAUUCAAAUCCAAUCGUUCUGCCAGAGCGCGAGCAGCAGCAGCACGAGCAGCAGCAGCAGCAGCUGCCUUUUCUCCCAGGCAGUGCUGCAACUGCCGUUUCAAUCCCCACGCAACAGCAACAACUGCCCUUUCAGUCAUUCCCUGCCAUGCUUUCACAGCCCCCCCCACCACAGAAGCUGCCUCUUGAACGGAUGUCAACUGCUGUAGCACAGUCCACUCAGCAGCAGCAGCAGCAGCAGCAGCAGCAGCAGCAGCAGCAGCAGCAGCAGCAGCAGCAGCAGCAGCAGCAGCAGCAGCAGCAGCCGUUCCACUCAUUUCCUGUGGUAGUAAUGCAACAGCCCCCGCACGAGAUAGAGCAGCUACAGCAGGCGCCUCUUGAACGGAUGUCGAAUGUCCCCUCACAACAGCAGUUGCCAUGUGUGGUGUUUCCUCCUCCCCCGCAGCAAAUAGAGCAGCCGCAAAAUCUACCUCUUGAACGGAUGUUGAAUGCUGUAUCCCCCCCCACUCAACAGCAGCAACCGCUGUGCCAGUCAUUUCCUGUGGUGUUUCAGCAACCCCCGCAUCGUAUAGAGCAGCUACAGCAGGUGCCGCUUGAAUUGAUUGAAAAGUCUCGGCCCCCCGCUUUUGCUGACCUGGCAUCAUGCGAUCACACAUCAUUAUCUGACGGCUCUGGGCCGGCUGCUGAGGUGGCAGCUGAUGUGGCACCGGCUGCUGAUGCCACGUCAGCACGCCCGAGAGCGCGCUCUGCUGUCCCGUUACCUCCACGCGCCAAGCUUCCCCGGGCGGCAAAGUCGAACCGUGUCGGGACCGUUGAGCUCAUCAGCGGAAGACUGUCCACGUCAGCAUCUCACCUGCCAGCUCAGACCUCCGUUUCGCCAGCUCAGGCGUCGCCCUCGCCACCUCAGAGGCGCUUGGGAUUGAAGCAGGUGAAUUUAAAAGAGAAAGUGAGGGCGGAUAGGGCACCAGAGGCUAGGGUUCGGGAAGUUGGAGUGAGAUACGUGGCUGUAGCAGAUGUGGGCUUCAGAAGUGGUGGUGUUGUGGGCGCUGGGGGAGGCAGUGGUGGGGAAGGGGGUAUUGGGGCAAGUGGUGUUGUUGGGGGAGGGGGUUUUGGGGGAAGUGAAGUUGGGGGUGCUGGUGGUUAUGGUGUUUCUGGUGACAUAGGGUUUAAGGAUGCGGAUAACUUCGCUGCUGGUAGUGGCACAGGCUUGAAAGGUGCUGAUACCACUGCUGCCAGUGAUCAUGGCACAGGCAUUCGAGAAGCGACCAAUGAUGCAGCUGGUGGUGUUGGUGGUGGUGGUGGUGGUGGUGAUGGCACAGGCAUUGCAUAUGCCGAUAACACUGCAGAUGCUGAUGCUGCUGCUGCUGCUGCUUGUGGUGGCGGUGGUGGUGGUAGUGGCAACGCAACCAUUACACCUGUGGAUGAAUGCAACAAUCUUGUUGAAGGUUCCAGUGAUGUCAGUGUGAGAAGCCCGCCUAGUGGUAAUGUGGAGGCUAGAAUACCCGACUCUGGUGGUGGCAGGGGCAUUAGAGGUGCGGAAUUUUCUGAGCAAGGCAUCAGAGCCGUAGAUUCUGCUGGUCAGGCUGUCAGAGUCGUCAGAUCUGCCGAGCAGGACAUCAGAGUCGUCGAUUCUGCCGGUCAGGCUGUCAGAGUCGUUAGAUCUGCCGACCAGGACAUCAGAGUCGUCGAUUCUGCCAAUCAGGGCGGCAGGGGUGCGGAUUCUGCCAUCGAGGAGGGUAGAGGCGGGGAUUCUCUGGACCGGACAGGUGCAGGUAAGAGGGCUGAUGUGAAGUGCUUUGAGGCACCUGAAAAGGGGGAUUCUCUGGCGUGGACAGCAGCAGGGAGGUGGGCGUGUUUUGAGACGUCUCGGGGGGCGGAUUCUCAAACAAAGUCUUUUGAGGCUCCUGAGAAGACAGAUUCCCUGGCGUGGACAGCAGCAGGGAGGUGGGCGGAGCUGCAGUGGAGUGCAGAGGAUGAAAGAUGCCUGCUUGCCGCUACUGAAGACUUGGAUGGGGUUUUGGGGGGCGAAUUGAGUGGGGGUUUAGGGUUGGGAGAUGGUUUCGAUGGGGAUGUGGAUGGGGGUUUGGGAGGGCUUUCGGGUCAAGAUUUAGAAGAUUUCGGGUUUGGGGAGGCGGAUUUUCUUGACUUGCCUUGGACAAAUGUGGUUGUUCCGGGUGUGACUGUGGCGAAUGGUGCUGCUGCCACAAGUGUGACUGAAGCGCCGGUGAGUGCUUCUUCUAAUGUGCUUGUGGCACAGGGGGCUGUUGGAGCUGCACCUGCUGUACAUGUGCCUGUAGCAGGUGUGACUGUGGCACAGGGGACUGCUGUGAAUGUGACUGAAGCACAUGUGACUGCUUCUCAUGAUGUGACUGUGGCACAGGGGGCUGUUACAAAUGGGACUGCUGUGAAUGCGACUGUAGCAGGUGCGGAGGGGGCUGCCACAGGUGCUCUGGCUGUGACUGUAACUACAGAGAACUUGAGUUCAAUAGCCGAUGCAGAAGCAGCAGGGGCAGAAGGAGGGACAGGAGCGGCGGGGUCACACCCCUCACCCGCUCAGGUGCCGUUUCAGGUGGAUCAGAUGGUUGGUCAGGUGGGUAGUCAGGUGGAUGGUCAGGUGGGUGCACAAUCAUUACCAGCUGGUUUGGGAAAACAGCCUGAUGCUUGUGCUGAUGUAUUCCCAGCUGUAUCUUCUGCACCACUUGCAUCUGUUGUCUCUCCUGCACCACUGGCACAUUUUGUCCCCUCUGUUGGACAGGUGCCAGUCAAUUUUCCUGUAUUUGCAGCCCCACCUUUCGCUCCUGCCUCCCCUGCUGAGCCCGGCUUAAAGUUUCCCCCCCACACAGUUGCCACCUCCCCACAAACAGUUGCCACCUCCCCCCACACAGUUGUCACCUCCCCCCACACCGUUGCCACCUCUCCCAAUACGGUUGCCACCACCCCCCACACAGUGACCACCCCCCCCCACGCAGUUAUUGCCUUCCUUCCCACAGUUACCACAUCCCCUCCUAUAGGUGCCACCUCCCCUCUCACAGUUACCACCUCCCCUCCCCCAAACAUGGUUGCCUCCCCCAGCGCCGUAACUCUCCCCCUCUCUUCCCCCGACCCUCUCUCCCCCCAAGUCCCCCCUUCCCCCGCUCCCCCCACCCAAGUUCCCGUGCACUCCAGCCCCCCUUGGGCGCUUGUUGACACAGCAGGGGCGCAGGGGGGCGGAGGUGAAGCACAAGGGAUGGGGGAUGGGGCGCAAGGGAUGGGGGAUGGGGCGCAAGGGAUGGGGGAUGAGGCGCAGGGGGAUAAAUAUGCUGUGGAAACGGGUGCGGAUGCAGGGGGGAUUGGUGGACGUGCAGGGGAGAACGGGGAAGGGUUUGGGAAAGAAACCGGGGGGUUGGAGGGAGAGGAAGCAGAGGAGGACGGGGAGAAGCGGGAAGUGCAGCAGGAGGGCGAAGAGGAGAGGGAAGGGAAGGAGGAGAAGCAAGGGGAGGGGGAAAUGAGAGGGGAGGAGCCAGACAAAGGAGAGGAGCAGAAGAGGGAGGAAGGGCAUGGAGGAGAGGAGGAGGCGAGGGACAGUGAGUGGGAAGAGGAGCAAGGGAAGAGGAAGAGGGAGAGGGAAGAGGGGCAAGAGGAGAGGGAGAGGGAGAGGAAAGAGGAGCAAGAGAGGAGAAGGAAGGUUAUGUUGUUGGUCGGGCAAGGGGAAAAUAUGAAGGAAGGGGCAGGAAGUGAAGAACGAGAGGGGGUGGGAAGAGAGGGGGAGGAGGUAGGGGAAGGAAAGUGGGAGGUUAGGGAGGAGGAAGGGGAAGGAGAGGGGGAGGAGGUAAUGGUUACGGACGAGCAUAAGGUGGAAAAGAAGGAUGAGGAGGAGGAAGAGAAGGAGGAAGAGAAGGAGGAAGAGAAGGAGGAAGAGGAGGAAGAGGAGGAAGAGGAGGAACAGGAAGUGAAAGAGGAGGAGGAGGCAGAGGCGGUGGAGGAGGAAGGGGAGGAGAAGAAGGAAGAGGAAGAGGGUAAUGAUGUUGCAGCAGAUAAUGACGUGGCAAUUGCUGACAAUGGUGGUGAUGACGUGGAGGGUAGCAACAGUGACGAUGAUGAUGACGUGGUGGAGGUUCCAAUGGUUCAGGAACGGCUGACGUGGCCUCCUGGUGGGAAUGACAAUCCAGGUGCUGCUACGGGUUGUAUCGAUGCUGAUAGUGCAGAAAAUGGAGAUACUGCUGGUGACGCAGGAGAGGGAGACGCAAGAGAGGGAGAAGCGGGAGAGGGAGACGCAGGAGAGGGAGCGGGAGAGGGAGACACAGGAGAGGAAGAGGCAGCAGAGAGAGAGGCAACAGAAAGAGAAGCAGCAGAAAGAGAGGCAACAGAGAGGGAGGCAGCAGAAAGAGAGGCAACAGAAAGAGAAGCAGCAGAAAAAGAUGCAGCAGAGAGAGAGGCAGCAGAGAGGGAGGCAGCAGAAAGAGAAGCAGCAGAAAGAGAAGCAGCAGAAAGAGAAGCAGCAGAAAGAGAAGCAGCAGAAAGAGAAGCAGCAGAAAGAGAAGCAGCAGAAAGAGAAGCAGCAGAGCGAGAAGCAGCAGAGAGAGAGGCAGCAGAGAGGGAGGCAUCAGACAGUGAGGCUGAAAAGGGAGCGGCAGCAGAGGAACGAACAGGAGAAGAAACAGAGACAGCAGCGGGGGCAGAGACAGCAGAAAGGGCAGAGGCAGGGGAGGAGGCAGAGGGGGCAGGGAGAGCAAAGGGGGCAGAGGAGGCAGAGGAGGCAGAGGUUGCAAAUGGGGCAGAACAGGCAGAGGGGACAGGGGCAGCAGAGGAGGCAGAUGUAAUAGUAGAGGCAGAGGCUGGAGACGCUGGAGUAGCAGCACAAGGGAUAGAUACCAGGGGUCCUGGAAAGCUGGAGCCCGCCUUCUCAUUGCCCUCUCCGUUGUCAACUUUGGAAUCCCACCACAAGGCACCUGUGACUCAUAAUCAAGCCUUUGUAUCCCACAAGUCACCUGUGGCGUCUGAUCAACGAUGCUCAGCAGUCGAGCCAACUCAAGAGCAGGUUCUAGAGUCUCAGUUGCACAAGUCACCUGUGCUGCAAGUGCAGGCUGUAGAGUCGCACAACAAGUCACCUGUGGCGUCUGAUCAACGAUGCUCAGCAGUCGAGCUAACUCAAGAGCAGGUUCUAGAGUCUCAGUUGCACAAGUCACCUGUGCUGCAAGUGCAGGCUGUAGAGUCGCACAACAAGUCACCUGUGGCGUCUGAUCAACGAUGCUCAGCAGUCGAGCUAACUCAAGAGCAGGUUCUAGAGUCUCAGUUGCACAAGUCACCUGUGCUGCAAGUUCAGGCUGUAGAGUCGCACAACAAGUCACCUGUGGCCUCUCUGCACCAGCAGGAAUUCCGGAGUGUAGCAGCUGCUGCGGUCGCUUUUGAUCCAGGUUACGGUGUUACCAACCAGAUGUAUCACUUGCAAUCCUUGGCUCUGGGUAAGGGUACCGAGCUGAGGCUGGCUAAUGUGACACUCCCUGGUUCAGAUGUUGCCAGCAGAGCAGCUGACGUGGCGAGCAAUGCAGCUUACGUAGCAGUACCUGAGGCUGACGGGGUUGACAGGGCAGCUGAUGUGGCAGAGGAGGAUGCUGCAGCAGGAGAGGCAGCAGAGGAAGAAAGCCUGGACCUUCGCUCCCUCUUCCCUCCCUUCUUCCCUUCCAUCCUCUCUUCCAUCCUCCCUUUCCUCCUUCCCGUCCACCCUACCAGCCUCCUUGCCCUCCUCGCUCCCCUCCUCUCUUCCCCCAUCUUUCUCCUCCUCGCUUCCACCGUCUCUUCCCUCGUCUUUCCCCUCCUCCUCCCCUACCGCCUCCCCUCCUUUCUCCCCGCCUUCCCUGUCUCACACCCCUGUGGAUGUCUUCUCGUUUUACAAGGCAUGGGCACAGCGUAA